CCUAUCAUAUAUGCACUUCUUCCAGAUAAAAGGAAGGAGUCCUAUAUUGAGCUAUUUCAAAUAAUCGUGGAAUAUGGGACAUUGAAUGGUAUCCAGUUUUCACCAGAAAUGGCACAAACCGACUAUGAAGCAGGAGCGAUAUCUGCUCUACAAUUUGUAUUUCCCAAUAUUUUAGUAAAGGGCUGCUUCUUCCACUUUACGCAGGCCAUUUGGCGUAAAGUUCAGCAUUUAGGUUUAGUCAAGCAGUAUAAAGAAGAGACUGCUGUAUACACUAUUGUUCGAAGGAUGAGUGUAUUACCUUUAUGCAAGAGAGAGGACAUUCAAGUGGUCCGUGAUUCUUGUGUAGAUCUAGCAGCCAAUGACCCGUUAAUAUUAAGUUUCUUAAUAUAUAUGGAUACUACCUGGAUAAAUUCUGAUGCAAUCUUUCCUCAUCAAAUUUGGACCAGGUAUAAGAUUCAAGGUCCUCGCAGUAAUAAUCAUCUUGAAGGAUAUCACCAUUCCCUCAAGCGAAUGGCAAAAAAUGCUCAUCCGGACAUAUAUUCAUUAAUUCGCGUUUUAAAAGAUAACCAACGCCUGACAACUUAAAGUUAUACAAAUCAAUAACGGGGAAAUAGUUACGGAGAAAAAUAAAAAAUAUGUGAUAAUUAAUAAAAAAAU